AGUGGCGUUUCAGAGAGAGAAAAAAAACACUCGUCCAGAAACAGCAAACAUUCAUCUGAGAGUCUGUAAUGCAAAAGGUUGAAGGAUACACAGCUCUGUUCAAUUCUGGAGAAUCAGUAACAGCAAGUUGACAAGAUACCACCCAUCACAACGGAAGUAACUUACUUAACUGGCGGGAGACUACCUCUGAGACUCCCAAUGGAUGAUGAAGAGGAGGACAUGUCUCUUCAGCGUCCUGUCUCCCAGUGCUGGGGCACCCCCUUCAGGGAAAUCAAGUUUCAUGACAGGGAGAGCAGGGACAGAGAAGACACCCAGGACAGGUCUACACAGACGUCGACUGGACCCAACGCCAUUGUCCCACGGUCAGAGGGACACGACAUCAUGGUACCACAAGGCCACAACAACAACAACAACUUUCCCUGCGGGGUGCAGGACAAUCACCAGGGAAGAAUACUGUUCCAUGGCAACGCUGGAUUCCGCUUGCACUUCCCAGCUCGGUUCGAGCCCAUGGACGAUCGGGGAGAGAGGCGGAACGAGGAGGAGAGGAGGAGAAUGGAGGAGAGACCAGAGGAAGAGCGGGUGGAGGAUAGCGCGGAGGCGAGGAUCGGACGUAAGCUCCGGGAGAUCGGAGACCAGUUCCACCAGGAACAUGUUCAACUGUUCCUGCGGCAUCAGAGGGAUGUCCUACCAGUCUGGAUUCGUCUGACCAUGGCCCUCUACGGCUUCCUGUUUAACAGAGAGGCCCCUGCUGUACCCCACCUGAGAGGACAGGAAAGAUGAGGGGUACCUUCCACCCACUUCGGGUGUCUCCUCUCGCCUCCUCCCAUCCCUGAAAACGAGGGACCAGACUCUGUAUGAUGGAACACGGGUUUGGAUUCGUUUUUGGUUUUUUUUUCAAUCAAAGACGACGAAGAAGAGAACGAUAGUCACUGCUGGACAGAGAUUAGAAUCACGUUCCUCUUCUCUAUCUCUCUCUUCUCCUCUUUCUUCAUGAUGAUGAUGAUGAUGAAGAAGCCAUGCUGUUUUGAAGAUAUAAAUAUUUUCUAAAAUAUAUAUAACUAUUUAGUACAGUAGAUAGCAUCUUUUUGGUUUGAAAACACGCCAAAAGAUAAUGGACAAGAAGCACGGGAUGAAAUUUAAAGAGAAUUCCCUUAAAGAAAACACCGUUGUGGACAUGGAAGGUCGUGAAGUUCUUGUGUAAAUUCUUGGAAGGUCUUAUGAAGUUCUACUCACCAACCCACCACGAUCUUACCAACAGGCACAUUUUUCCAAUGUAUUUUUUUUGAAGAAUACAAACUCCCUGUCACUAAAUAUUUUUCACUGUUCCACACUGAUAUAUAUAUAUAUAUAUAUAUAUAUAUGACAAAUGGUUUGUCGUAAAGAUUCUGUGGUGGUUUCACCGAGACAAGCAGGGUCUUAAGACAUGUCUUGUUGAGCUCCGGUGUAGAUUGAGAGAGAGAGAGAGAGUGUCUUUAUCCUGUGUCUUUUGGUAAUACCAGCCAACAGCAGUUGGGUUUUGACAUUCAGUCUGAAUGAGAUGAAUGCCAGGUCCAUUUUUUGUUUUUUGAUUGACAGUAUGAAUGUAUGUGCACGUUAAAGAUUCUAAGACUUUGGUCUGCAAUGUAUUCAUUCAAUCAAGCAACCUGACUGAGUUUAAAGUUUUUAGUGUGAGUAAGGAAUUUUGUCGUCCGUGAAACCAAAAAAAAAAUCCCCCCCCAAAAAAAAUCGCAAGAGUAAAAUUUGUUUUGUCGGAGUUGAGGACUUUACUCCUGUGGAAAAGCUUUUUUUUUUUUUUUUUUUUUUUUUUUGAUGAACCUAUCGUUAUGAAGAUGUAUUUAUCUGGCUGGAUUGACAAUCACAACCAACAGACUGACCAAUAGACCUGGUGAUUUGACACAGUUCUAUCUGUUGUAGCGUUACGAGUCUGCUGUGAAAAGGGCAAAUAAAAGUUGUUGUACAAUCAAGGAUUUGGAGCAAUACUGUAUUGACGAAUCAGUGGAAGGCACUAAAACCUUAGGGAUCUAUUGCAGUUACAAUCAAAUUGUCAUUCAUGGAGGAACAGCUCUUUGUUUUUAGUUUAAACAAGACGAUCAAUCAAUCGUCACUCAGUUCAAUGAAAUAGAUUUCACCUUCUACUCUCUCUCUCUCUUAACACAAUCUUAGCGUGAAUCAUUUUGGCAUCAACUCCCAAACACAGAUACAAUUGCCAUGUAUACAAACAUGAGUAAAUCCACAAUAGAUUUUUUUUUUAAAUUUUUUUUUUUACUGAGGGCUCAGCAGUAACAGUUCUAGUCUUUUACCUACGCUGUCCAUAUGCACCUAUGGCCUAGAAUCUGUGUUUGUAAUGGUGACCACAUUUUAGAUCAUGCUGCUUUUUUAAAAUAAACCCAACGACCACUGCUUUUUAGUUUUAUUUCAGAGUUCUUACUACAAGUUCUUAUUUGAGUACAUUUUAAAAGUGGUUUUAAAGAUGAUGAUGAUAUUAACAGAAGGCAGGAUUUUUUUUUUAAACUAAUGUAAAAAAAAAUAAUAAUAAUUAAAACAUUUUAAAUUGUGAUUUGAAUAUAUUUGAUGACACUGAUGGGGUUUCCUUUUUUAGUUUUAGUUUGAACAACUACUCCCUGAAGAACAUAUAUUUUUUUUAGUCACAUGCCCGCCAUACUGAGUGUUUUUAUUCUACUUUAACAAGAUGAAAAUAUGCAAAUUCCCAUUUAAGAACCACAAGCUUUGCAUGUGUUGCUCUACCCAAAAUAGAACCACAUGACGACAUCUGAUCGACAGGCUUGUUUCCCAAAUGGCACCCUAUUCCCUAAUCUAGUGCACUACUUUUGACCAGCUUUGAUCAGAAGUAGUGCAUUAUAUUAGGGAAUAGGAUGCCAUUUGGGUUUCAUCCAUGUUCUUUGAUGGUUAUCAGUGACAUCAUUGACCACAGACACUGUUCUGUUUUGACAGAACGUUGCCUGCAAACCACUGAAUGCUGAGCCAGUUGAAGUAUCUCUCUCUCUCUCUCUCGUUCUCUCUCUCUCUCUCUCUCUCUCUCGUUUUUUCUCGUUCUCUCUCUCUCUCUCUCGUUCAACUCCUCACUCAAUCACCAGCUACUCCCUGGACUUUCUAGAAUUGAUUUAUUUUCCUUUUUUUAAACUUAAAAAAAAAAAAAUGAUUUUUAGAAGUAAUUUAUUCUAAUUUAU